CACACAAACCUCAAGCAAAUCAGCUGCGUAAAGAUGUUUGUUUAGUGCAGCAAGUCAAUUUUCUAUUAAAAUUUAAAUUAAAUUAUUUAAAAGAAAAGAUUUUAAUUAAUAUAAUCACCCCAUAAUAAAUGUCUUUAAAUACAUACAACAUGGCAAGUGACGACGAACGUUUUGCUGAUUAUAACGAGGAUUCACGAUCCAAUAACUAUGAACAGAAUGCCUAUGAUAGUGAAGAAGAUACAGAUGAUGCUAGCGAAACAGAAUUCCGCAAUAAUGGAAGAAGUCAGGGUUACAGCAGUGCCUCCCACAAUACAAAUGGCACGAACCAUGAACUAAAGGAACAAAUGUAUCAACAUAAGUUGGCUAGCUUGAAUAAACAAUUGGAAGAAUUGAAAAAUUUAUCACAUCCAGAAUAUAUGAAAAGAUUAAAAAAAUUGGAAAAUCAGUAUAAAGAACGCUUACGGCUGAAUGAAAUUUACCGAGAUUAUCUACAAGAGUGUGUUGAAAGAGACUACAUAUUGGAAAAGAAAGCUGCACAGAAAGAAUAUGAUGAAAAGAAGAUUGAUCUUAAGGAUAACAUAUUAACAGAUUUUGAAGAACGUAGAAAGGUUAUAGAAAAUGAGAGAUAUAGUCUGGAAUUAACAAAUGAUUCAAUGGAGAUAAAGCCUACCAUUACAAGAAAACUUAGAAGGCGACCGAAUGAUCCCGUACCGGUUGUAGAAAAGCGUAGAAAACCGACCACAGGACAGUUAUUGGUGUAUAUGUUGGAUGAAAAGGACAUAGAUAAUGAUCUAAAAACCAUUCAAAGAGGCAAACCUCUUACUCCUACUCUGCAACAAAAUGGCAUUAGCAGUUCGUAUUCAUCAAAUAACCACCAACAAAACUCAAUUGCUUCCGAUAAUGGUUGUCACUUUGUUGAAACUCGCAUAGAAGAUGGAAAAUUACUGUAUGAAAAACGAUGGUUUCAUCGUGGUCAGCAGAUUUAUGUAGAAGGAAAAGAUUUACCUAAAUUUGCUGCCACAAUCACUGCUAUUGGCAACGAAGUGGUAUGGGUGAAAAAAGUAAACGACAGUAGUAGCAGUAAAGUUAAAAUAAAUAUGUCUCAUUUAGCUAAGGGCAAAGUAACGAUAAAAAGACGUGCCAAUUGAUGACAAGCUGUAACGGAAAUUCCUGUUAUUAUUGCUUUGACUCAUCCUUAAAUAAUAUUAAUGUAUUUUAAUUCAAAUCUAUUAUAAAUAAGACAUAUAACUUUAGAAAGAAAAUUAUUUAUAUGUAGUUGCUUCAGCUGUAGUUUGUACGUAUGUAUGUAAAUAGCAUUAAGAUCAUAUAAAUACAACAUACAAGUACAUAAAGUAUCUUGUAAACACUAAUUAUAAUUAAAUAUAAACCGUUAUACAAGAUUAAGAAAACAAAAUUAUAUAUAAAAGAUAAUAUACUUUGUAAUUUGUUUUUUUAAAUACACAACAUA